GGCGUGGGAACCUCUUUGUGGCCCGGGGGAGCAGCUCGGCGGGCGGAGCUGUGGCUGGACCCGGACCCCGCAGCCUCCGCGGCCUGCUCGCUCGCUGCCUCUCCGACUCCCCCAUCUCUCCGGCAGGCAGGCAGGAAGGCGGACAGGAAGGCACGGGCAGGCGCGCGGCGGCUGGAGCUAGAGCUCGGGAGAAGAGCGCGCGGCGCCAGCAGCAGCAGCAAUAGCAGCAGCGGGGACAGCUCCCACGGCAGGAUGAGCGGGCUGCACGUUGACCGGGCCCGGCUGCCCGGGGUGCAGGAGGUUUGUCAAGAUUUUGCUAUCCUUGAAGAUGGAGCCCUGGCCCAUUGCUUGCAGAAACAAGAAAUCGAACAACAUUACGCCUCCAAUGUGCAGAAGAGUCAGCUUGUUCAGAUGGACAUUCGGAUAGCCCGAAAGCUACAAGAUGUGGAAAACCAGGGAAGCAAACUGGGAAAAUCUCACCAACAGAAAAAAAUGGAAGAGAGUGACUCCGAGCUGGCUCGAUCGAUCCAGGAAGAAAUUCACAGGAAGGCAGAGGAGUGUCGACAGAGAGAAGAAGAUGACCAGGAAAUAGCCAAGAAAUUGCAAGAGUUAGAAGAAGAGGCCUCUUCCCUUCCAAGCUCCCACAGCACGAGAGAUGUGGCUGUCCCCCACAAUGAUGGCACAGACCCCAUAAACUGGCAGAUGGCUGAGCUGGACCUCCAGAGUCAGGAGCAACUCCAACAAGAUGAAGAAUUGGCCUGGAGGUUGCAGGAAGAAGAGGAGACUCACAUAAGAACAAGAAGGAAUCGGGAGCGCAAUGAUGACUAUCGGACCGCACAAGUGGCCCAGGAUGAGGAGAUUGCCAGGUACAUGCAAGAUGAAGAGCUGAAAUACCAUCAGAGAGAAGUAAGGGAAUGGGAGCUAAGAAGGGAAAGCAGAAACAGAAGCAUCAGCUUCUCUGAACAAAGGCAGAACGGGAGCAAGAUUCAAGUACCACCAGACUCUGAGGUCCUGCCCCUCGCUAGAGAUCCACCUCCGGAGUGUUCUGAUUUCCCAGUCCAAGGAUCUGAGGGACUCAGUACAAAACAGCUGUUUUCUCGGAAUAUCGCUGAAGAACUGGACCCAACAUUCAAGUCAAGUGGGAUAGACCCUCCUGUUGAUGCAUCUGCUGUCGCUUCUCAAGCUCUUACCCAUACAGUUCCAGUGGAGGGUCUCUUUGAGUACAACGAGGAAAGCCCUGAAGCAGCCUUUAUUUCACCAACCAAGCGUCAGUCAGGACGCCAGAAAACCAAAGACAAGAAAGAAGCCUGCAAGCAACAGUGAGAUAAAGCUUCUCCCUCCCUCCACUCCACCUCCUCCGCUUUUCCCUCUUUGCUCCCUCACUCCCCAAAGGGAAACUUAGUUAAACUUCAUGUCUGAUCAAAUCGUGGAUCACAAAAACUACUUUGCCAUCAUGUCCUUCAAUGACUUCAUGCCUCAUGGCUAUAUUGGGACACCUUGAUUCCUAAGUUAUUGUGUGUGUGUGUGUGUGUGUGUGUGUGUGUGUGUGUGUUUGGAAAAUGUGUUUGAUGAAUAAAGAGGCAGCUAAUGGCUUAGUGGAUAGAGCACUGGACCUGGAGUCAGGAAGACCUGAGUUCAAAUCCAGCCUCAGACACUAACUAGCUGUGUGACCCUGGCCAAGUCACUUAACCUCUGUCUGCCUCAGUUUCCUCUUCUGUUAAAUGGGGAUCAUUAUAGUACUUACCUUUUGGGAUUGUUGUGGGGAUCAAACAAGAUCCUUACAGUGCUGUAUGGUAUCUAUUGGUCUCUACUAUUAUUCUUCUUGAAAAUGUCAUAUCUCUCCUUUUAUUUUUCACCUGUGACAUGUUUGCUUUAAAAAUGUCAAAGAUCGAGCAGUUCUCGAUGUUGGAUUUAUGGGACUAGGGGUGUCAGAGGGAUGACUGCACAAAUCAGAUGGGAUUGAAACCAUCUUGGUGCCAUGGGGAGGACCUAACUGAAAGACACAUGGUGCCUCUUAGUAAACCAUCCUCUUCCUUGUUUCUUCCACUGAAAUAUGACAUAAAACAGGGCACUUUUCUCUCUCCCUUCUAGCACUGAACUCCAAAGGGAAUGGGAGGCUCUGGGUGCCAUAUAUCUAUUACAGAGCGUAUUAGUCUAGUCUAUAGGAAGAAGUCAAUGAAAAUAUGGGGACUCACUGAGGAAGUCCUGGGAAGGGUGGAUGAUCUUGUACUCUACCCAAUGGACUUUUAUAUCAAGCCUCCUUCAAACCAACAAGCAUUUAUUAGUUACUGACUGUGUGAAAAGACUAUAAAGGUUUAAAUAAUAAAUGGGCUCUACCCUUGAAAAAAAAACACGGGGACUAACCAUUACACAUUAUACCCCCAUUGACACCCACUAUUCUAUUCCGGGUUGUUCUUUCCUCUAGUUAUCUCUGUGACUGGGUCAGACGUAUGUAUUUCCUAGAAAGACAAAUCCAUUUGAAAUGAGUUCUUGCAUCAUUUACAUACAUCUGCAUCCUUCAUGCUUCUUGCAAAUAGCUCCUCGGUGUAUUUUAAGGGAGCUCACAGCUGGUUUCCCUUCACUUUUGCCAAACCUGUGCUAGUUAUAUUUUUUGGAAAAUGCAUUUCUAGGAAAUGAAAGUGAAAUUGAAUAAAGGGAGGAAGCAAGAAACACAUUUCCCAAGAGUAGGAAUUGGAAACUGUACAAACUUCAAUAAAUCAAUUUCCUGGCUCCUCUGGGCUCCAGAUUUCCUAUUACUGGAAAGCAGCAUCAGUAACAAUUCAGUUGAAGAAAUCCCAUCUACAAACAGAAAUAGGAAGUCGAGUGCCCAAAUGUGUCUCAUCAUCGCUGAGAAAAUGCCUGUACAUGAAAGAAUAAUUUUAAGAUAGGCUUUAUUCUGAACAAAGUGUAGACUAACCAAGAUAGAACUAGCCCGGUCAAUCCAACAAGCAUUUAUUAAGAGGACUAUACAUGCAAAGGCAAUAUACCAGGCAGAGGGGAUACAAAAUAAUAACAAAAAAAUACAGUCCCUGACCUUAAAAAGUUUACUUUCUAGGGGAGGAACAUAGUUAUUCUUUCCACAUGGGUGUGGGAGGGGGGGAGUUAGGGGCAUGGCGCCCCCAUAAUCUGGAAAAUCCAUGCAAAACUUUUUGGCCCUCCCUUUGUGCCAGAGAAGAAGUCUGAAUUUUUUUUAUUUUUCUUUUAUGGGAUAUUUACAGUACUUUAUUGUAAAAUUUGUGUUAAGUAUUUCUGUGUUAUCUGCUGGCCUUUGUGUGUUAUCUGUGACUUCCCCAAAACUCCUGAUAAAUUUCCAUUUAAUUUCUUAUGCCAACCCACAAUCAUCGUGUAUAUCCUAUACACAGAUUAAGUAUAUACAUGGGAAAUUGAGGAAGAAGGCAAAGGACUAGGAAGAUCAGAAGUUUCUGUGAAGAAAAUAGAACCUUGAAGGAUACUGAGCCUGACGUGGGGAGGAGAGGCAUGUCCUUUGGGGGCCUCAGGAAGAGGCCUGAGUCCAGAAGCCCGACCGGGACCUUAGUACUUUAUGAAAAAUCUGAUUUUCUUUGGCCUCUAAUAACAAACAUCAUGUGACACAUCUUCUCUAAGAGGAGAUCAUUAAAAGGAGACGUGUCACAAGAAAUACACAGGAAUUUUUUUUAUCACAAGAUCCUUCCAGGAACUACUCUCUAAAAAUGAAAGAGUUUAAGAAGGUCUACCAGGAAUCACAGGCUGAAGUGUAUGAUGAGUCAAAGAGUACCCCAAAGUUUAACAUAAUAUUUGCAUGGAGUAAUUUGCUCUCAAGAUGGACCCAGAUGAUUGACUGCCUUUGACAUGGGUAAUAUGCAGUGUGAAAAGAUUUUUAUUUUGAACAUAUAAACCCGUUCUGUCAAGUAGCAUGUGUCUGUCCUUCAUCUGGAUGGUAUGUAGUUCUGCAUUGCCUUUAGAAAAGUUGCUGGUAAUGUUUUAAAAUCCUUAAAUAGUUUUCCGAUGGUCCUGUUGCUCUUCCUUCUUAAAAUAAAUGUGUUGG